AUGGCCGCAAUCAAGCCUCGGCCAUAUAGGCGCAUUUUGACCUCAUCGCUGCACCGGCGCUUUGUUCAUGCUUCUGCGCUCGCCUUGCUGGUUUGCUAUGGCAUUGCAAUUGCGAUCGGUGACAAGUCAUCGUUCUUUUGGUCAUGGUUCCCCAUCGGUUCUUGCGGGGUUCGCGCUGUUCUACUUUUUGUCUCCUCUCUCGUCGUUUUUGUCCUCCGAGUCGGCCAAAUGCAUCUUGGAUCGAGAACGACGACAUCUUCUCUCGGCACCUUGAGAUCUCUCUUCCCUCUACAAGUUGCGCAAACCUUUGCUUGGUAUCUUUUCUCCGCCUGGUGGUUCACUGAAAUCUAUAUUUGGUCCUCUUCGACCAGUGCGCACCUGGAAAUGGUGAUUCGCGGCAGGCCACAUGAGCGCCCGCAUUUGAAUGAAAGACCUAUUUACAUCCACAGCUUCCACUUGAUUCUAGCGUGUGUGCAGGCAGCGUCCCAUCUCUACUACGACUAUGACAGCGUCCCCAUCCCGGUCGUUAAACGAGCACAGAAUGCAGACGAUCAGCGGACACACCCCGUUCCCCAGACCUCCAAGCAUAUCCAGCGUUUGCUGCCAAAGAUGGUCAUGACUGGCCUCACAAGAACCGCCACUAUGGCUGCUAUCACUCCAGUGGUGUACCGUUUGUUCCUUCGGCAGAGCGCCUGGAGCUGGUCCUUAUACUUUGCCAAGCUGUUUUGGAACUUCCCUCGAUCAGCCUCGGAGCCUGACUCAUUCUUCCCCCCUGGAUUUUUGCUCUUAGUCUUCCGUUCUUGGUUUUCAGGCUCUCUGCUUGUCUUGUGCUGGCAGUGCACCAAUCUCUUCUUCUCUGUAUUCAUUGGAAAGGAGCCUCUGAAGCGUGGACAGCCGCUUACAAGCGAAGCUAAAGAUCCCAAUGGAAGCCUUCUUAAUGGGUUGAAAGCGAAGAAGUCAGUUGUGAAGGCUUUCGCACUAUGGGAGCUCGGUAUUAUCAGCCAGCGACAGCCUGAACGCCGAAAGGCUAUUUUCAACGAAAUUGACCGUGACAACGGCACGACUUGGGCCCAAACUUUGGAAUGUCUGACUGAUGUCAUCAAGGGAAUCACUGUGCGGAUCGAUGCCAGCAAGGCCCCUGCUCCUGUUGCCAAACCAUCAGCAGAAGGAACAGUCUUCCAACCUACUCUUCAGACGCUGCCGCGACUGACGGAUGCCCCGAAAAGUGAAAAUGUCUUUGCAGCUUCGCCAAAGGCUACUUCACGCCAGGAGCAGUUCGGUGAAGCGUUCGGCGCGACUGCGAAAUCUUACGGUCAGUCACCAGACUGGACACCCCAGGCACGAGCCCGCGCUCGUCAGGUGCUUGACCGGGCUUCAUCAGCUAUGCUCAGCCCCGAACGCAAGCAAAGACUUCUUGCCUCGUCCGAGGAGCUGAAGCUACUUACUGGAGGCCCUUCCACAACAUACAAACCUGAAAAUGUCCAUCCAGUGAUCGCACAGUUCCUUCGCUCCCCAGUUGGACAAUUCUUCCGCCAGUCCUAUUCACAGCGCGCUUCCAGCAUCAUCCUCGGAUCUCCCGAAUCCUCUCUAAGCUCCAUCGUCGAUGCGGUUGAUUCCUUGACCCGGCUUUUGAUAGCCAGUCUGGCAGAAGACCAGUACGGCAAGGUCCAAGCCGACGUCCCGCCUGCGAUUCGUCUACUUACCAACACUAUUGUCUCUUUAGAGGCGUUUAUUCACCAGGGUGGCCUGGACGCUCACUGGACAGAUAUCAACUUCCCUCCGUCAAGUCAGCCAGAGGCUCAAGCGGAAGCCCGCCGAGUUCCUGACGUGGAUCUCGUGCUGGAUACCCUGAAGAGCAGUCUCGGUGACCUGCUAAAGGCUUUCAAGCCCUACCUGCGGGAUAUUGGGCUUGCAGGCAAGGACCUCAGGCUAGCGAAAGAGGCGGCUGGCAUCGACAUGGAAGAGUCAUGA